AUGACAAGCGACCCGUUCACCUACCCUUCAGAAUUAGCAAAUCGCGGGGGCGUCUGUCAGGGCCAGAUGACCUUCUAUGACGCUAUAGAUAAUUACUAUCCUUCUUCUAGUACUUACUAUACCGUGGACAUAUUACAGUCUGGAGCCUGUUGCGCCUUUGGUGCAUCCCGUACUGGGCUAUCCAACCCCGUUACGAGACUUGCCACAGGUAACUGGCCUUUUUCUGGCGCUGCGAGUACGGUCCAACCGCCCCGAGCUUUCAUCGUCCUCGCACGGUCGAUGAUAUUUGGCUCAGCCUGUCCUGCGGACAAGGGGCCACCUAUCAGUGGAGCCGCAGCUGGUGAAAUGUGUCUUGGAGAAGAGAACGAAGGGGAUGUGUCAAUAUCUCCGGCCACACUCUCUAGAGCUUCCAGUGCUGACGUAGAGGACAAGAAAGGAGGAGGCGGCAGCGGACGUGUUGGAGGAACAUUGCCAGGGUCGGGAAUAGUUGUGAUCCAACCGGCGGCAGGGAAUAGAGGCGCCACGGGCGGCGCAGGAAAAGCCUCCGUUGGACCUCAGCUCAUGAAACUCUUCGGUGUUCCAUUCGUCCUUGUGCGACACGUCAAGGCAGCCAUUCUUCCAAUCGAGAACACGACUUCGGAGGCAGGGGGCAAGCUCAAAAUCAUGGGAGCCAAUGAGGCCAUGAUCAUGGUGCAAAACGAAACAACCAGUGCCGCAAGCAUGCUUCGACCUUUGCGGCUCUUCAGCCUCGCGUUGGCUCUUACACAGCCGAUCGGAGCUGGUGCUCUUCCAGCUGAAAACGAGACUGCACACUCCGCGGAAGAGGUCACAAUCAUGGGUGGCAACAUUUAUUACCUUGACAACGCAAACCGCACGAGCAACACAGCCAGCGGACCGCGAGUGCCACGAAUCUUUAGCAUUCCGUUUGCUUUGGCACGCCAUGCCAAAGCUUCCGUGCUAAAACAUCAAAAUGGCGGGCCUUGA